AUAUCACCAAACGACUGAAACAGAAUUGUGGUCUUCAAGGCGCAUACAUUCAAAGCCGUUUUAUAAAUGAGUGUACGGUUGUAUUUCAGCGAGGUUUACAUUUUAAACAGGCGCGCGCCACAGACAGCCUGCCGUCGAGGCGCCAGACUCAAACUGGAAAGCAAAAAGCGGACGGAACAUCGAGCGAAAUAUUGUUCAACUAUAUUCAUACUAAAACAGUCUUUAAGGAAGUAUGCCAUACUAAUGCGCGGUUUGUACGAGAUUAAUUUGUCAUUGUUUACGAACUAGUUUUAAAAAGUGUGCUCUAGUUAGGUGUACUUGGUCAAGUCCAGCAUUCAUGAAGAAGACACCGAAGGCAGUGCGUUCCGCCUGUGCUUCAGAGGAAUGUGGUGUUUGGCUGGACACUGUGCAGAUGAAAGGGAAAGCCAUGAAGCAGAAACGAGAAAAGGCUGGCUCCAUAUCCAAGAUGCUGAACCCCCAGGGGAAAGGUGCGGGGUACAGCCUGGCCGUGGUGCUCAGCUUCACCCAGACCAGGAUCCAGAUGCCGAAGACCAAGCAGAGCUCCAUAACCACCUUCUUCUCACCUCGUCGACCGAGUGCGUUCCCGCAGUCUCCUCUCGGGAGGGUUUCCAUUCCAGAUGUUUUUCUAUGCUCACGUUGUCUUUUAACAACAGUUCAAGGAGGGAAGAUGGAGUCGGAGAAGACGACCUUGUCGUCUCCGUCGACUGAAAGAGCAGCCAGAGCGGCAUCAAGGAUGUCUGACUCCGUCGGCUGCCAGGCCCCAGAGGAGCAGUUAGAGGAGCUAAAGGAAUUCUCCUUUGGGAUGGACGUGGAAGGGAAAAGCUCUCCUCAGAAACACAUGUCCUCCUCUCAGAUGGAUGAGGGGGAGGAAGAAAACAUGUUGCCGUCUUACUCCUCAGGCCGGCCCUCAUCUCAUCCCACACGUCUUUCCAGAGCCGCGUCCCCUCUAAAGCCCAUUCAGGAGCCCAACACUGAGGAGAACAUCCACGGCAGGUACAGCUGGAUGGAAGCUGCCAGAUCCCACAGGGAGGAUGGACGUGACGCCGAUGAGGAGGACGGGCUGGCCAUGCUGUUCACGCAGGACUCAGACGGGUUUCGGGUGAUGGCACACCCAGGUCUGCGAGCUCGUAGUCCACUUAAUGAUCCCAGCAACGCCACGAGGAUGAAAGCCAACCGUGCCUACACGUCUCCGUUGGAGGAAGAGGAGCUUCUUUUCACGCAGGACUCUCAGGGGAACAUGCUGAUCAAACACUGACAGCAGCUUCGGAAGAACAAUCCUCGUCCUCCGGGUACGGGACCGCAUCCCACCAUGCAGACAUUGGCCUGCACGUCCGUACAGUAACGCGUCAUACCUCAUAUUCCACCGCCUCGCACGAAGUUGCUUCGUCCAUUUCGCCAUCAAACAGGACCACCGCGGCCGAGCACACGCGUGUCCAGCCAGGUCCACGUAGUCAACAAUGGAAGCACUCGCGUUAUUUCACAUACUGCAGGGUGGAAAAGCCUGUUAUUUAUAGCAAGUUCAUUUUUGCUUCUUUUUUUUUUUUUUUAGGUUUUCCAACUAUUUUAACUUUCUUCUUUGGGAAUUUUUUUUGUUGAUUUUUUUUUAAUAUGCCAACAAAAUAAAAUUAUUUUAAAUGAUUAAAAUUAAAUAAUAUUUCCUCAUAUUAGGAGUUUAUUCUCGGACCUUUUGUUCUUUUUCGAAUACAGAUAUAGAUACACAAUACAUAUCCUCAUCCAAGGACAACGUUUUUUCCAUGUUUGGAAUCAUUGUCAUGAUGGAUUUAUUCCCAUCAGGUUUUCACUUUGUUCUUUUUCUGCAACCUCAUAUUCCAAAAAUGAUAAAUACUAUUUUUCUUCUUUAACAGUUGAUCGUCAUACUGCUAACAUCUGUCCUCAUAAUAUUACAUUCUCAUCAUAAAUACUUUUAUUGUUUUCACCUUUCUCUUCAUAUUUUGACUUUAUUCUUGUAAAAUGACUGCUGAGUUUUCCAUUUUUGCUGCUGCUGUUGGUUAUAAGUUUUCAUGAUAAAUACUAUUUACAAUGGCCAAUAAAAAGCCGCCAUGGGAGCCACAAA